AUGUUCCCCUUCGACUUUCUCGUCUCGCUGUGCUCCUCGCACUCGGGCGGAUCCUGCGACGCCAAACCCCCACCACCACCGAUCGCCUCCCUCCUCCCGUUUGUCGCCAUCUUCCUAGUGACCUCGACCGUCGCCCACCGCCGCAUCCUCCCUGCCCUCUCUACCCUCAUACCGCCGUCGCACGACGGUGACGACCACCUCCUACCUACACACGCCCCGGCCGCCCUUCGCGCCGCCCACUCCGACUAUGCACGCAAAACCCCAAGACGGCGCGCGGCCGCCCUCGCCUUUUCCUCGACUCUGGGCCUAGCCUUUACCCUCGACCUCGUGGUGCCUGGCUUGGUCGUAUGUCUCGUGCUCCUAAUCCCUUGGCUGGAGGUCAUGAGCAUUGUCGUCGGCAGCGGAAGGUCAUUUGCCCGCGAUGCAAAGGGUCGCGCCCCUCGUGUGACUUGGAUACUGCAACUAUUACUGUUCUCUACUUGGCUGUUCCUCUUCUGGUCCGUUGGCGGGGCGCUUCGCCGCGUCGAGAUUGAUAGCUCCGACGCAAGCAUAAUGAGGGCUUCUCUCGACCGCAUCGGAAUUGCCGGCGUGUGUAUCAUGGCUCUUCUUUCAGGCUUCGCAGCGGUGUCUGCGCCUUGGCACACCUUCGGAUCUCCCGCCUCUCGCCGGCCCGUUUCCGACGCCGAUAUUGCCCGGAAGCAGGCUGGCCUCGAAGCCGCCGCCGACAUGCUUGUCGCUAAGCGCCACCGGUUGCAGGUGCUUGAGAACAAGGCUGCCGAAGCCAGCUCCGCAACCUCUUCAGUCGGCUUCGUUGGCAAGAUGUUUAGCUCCCUACGCGGAAUAUCUAGCGAGGAAGCCGAGAUCCGCUCCUUGAGGCUCGAGAUCUCAGGUCUCGAGACCAUGCGGGCAUCUCUCGAGGUGGGGCUGUCCUCUAUGCUGGCCCGCAAGCUCGCCAAGGCCCGCGCCGCAAGUCUGGCGGGCCGCCUACUGUCGAUGCCGAAUUACGUAUUCAGCGUGUACUGCAUCUUUAGGGUGUUCACAACAGCGCUCGCCAUUUUGCGCCGAAUGGUUUCUCCUUCCUCCGAUAUCACCCCCGCUGACCCCAUAACCCGCACCCUCUCCCUCCUCUCUACCCACUACGACCCUUCUCUCGACAAGGACGCGCUUGCCAGACAGAUUUCCUUCCUACUCUCUGGAGUUAUUCUCCUUCUCUCCCUUUCUUCGGUUUUGCAGACGCUCACUCUUCUCUCUCGCUUCGCUCCUUCCCUCCUCCGCCUUGCCCAGGCCAACCUUGCCCUCCUCCUGGCCCAGACUGUGGCCACCUACGUCUUCUCUUCAGCCCUACUCCUUCGCAGCAACCUCCCGGCCGGGAUGCGUGGAGCAGUCGGCGAUGCUCUACGCUCCUCGCUUGAGCCCGCCGUUGUAGAGGCUUGGUUCCAGGGCUGGUUCCUGGUAGGUUGUGCAGCAACCGCGACCGCCAUAUGGGUUGGCCGCCGCAUAUCCGGGGACGACGAUGACGGCUGGGAUGACAAUUUCGCCGCUGAAGAAAUGGGACAAAAACGGUCCUAA